AAGCUGCGUUUCUCCCUGGUUGUCGAGAGUCCUCCAGUAUCCCACAAUGCCUUCGUUCCUUCUCUGACCUCUCGGCGAUUUCCGUUGCCUCCUAAAGUCGGUGUGUGUGAGUGUGUGUAAGUUGCAUGGUGGGACCGAUGGCCGCUUCAAAGCCCAUCGAACCUGAAGCCGGGUCCGGACUGCCCCGGUGGCAGCUGGCGCUUUUGGUCGGGACUCCCAUCGUGCUCGGGGUCGGAGCCGCGUACCUGUGGAGCAGGAGUCGGGGUCGGAGCCGCGGCAAGGAGCAGUCGAGUGAGCGUAAUGAGGAGAGGAAAACUCCCGAGGGCAGCGAGCAGGACAACAUGAGCCCUCUGGAUAAGGCGCAGGGUGCUAAGAACAGGGGGAAUAAGUUUUUCAAGGCUGGCAAGUAUGAACAGGCCAUCACUUGCUACACCGAGGCCAUCAUUCUGUGCCCGAAAGAACAGAAGAGUGACCUGUCCACCUUCUACCAGAACAGAGCUGCAGCAUACGAGCAGCAGGGCAAAUGGACCGAAGUGGUGGAGGACUGUUCUCAGGCCGUCGAGAUGAACCCGCGCUACAUCAAAGCUCUCUUUAGGCGCGCCAGGGCCUUAGAAAAACUAGACAACAAAAAGGAGUGUCUGGAAGAUGUGACAGCUGUAUGUAUACUCGAAGCCUUCCAGAACCAACAGAGCAUGCUGCUGGCAGACAAAGUGCUGAAACAGCUGGGAAAAGAGAAAGCCAAGGAAAAAUACAAGAACCGGGAACCUUUAAUGCCGUCACCUCAGUUUAUCAAGUCGUACUUCAGCUCCUUCACUGAUGACAUCAUAUCGCAACCCCUUCAGAAGGGAGAGAAGAAAGACGAGGACAAGGAUAAUGAGGGCGAGGCUGCUGAGGUCACAGAGAGCUCGGGCUAUCUGAAGGCCAAGCAGUACAUAGAAGAAGAGAACUACGAUAAGAUCAUUAGUGAGUGCACUAAGGAAAUUGAAUCUAAGGGCAGACACACUGCUGAAGCUCUGCUGCUGAGAGCCACUUUCUACCUGCUCAUCGGCAACGCCACCGCUGCCCAGCCCGACCUGGACCGAGUCAUCAACAUGCAGGAUGCCAAUGUCAAGUUGCGAGCAAAUGCUCUGAUAAAACGUGGCAGCAUGUACAUGCAGCAGCAGCAGCCACAGCUCUCCACCCAAGAUUUCAACAUGGCUGCUGAAAUAGAUGAGAGGAAUGCAGAUGUCUAUCACCACAGGGGACAACUGAAGAUCCUGCUGGACCAGGUUGAGGAGGCAGUGGCUGACUUUGACGAAUGUAUUUUGCUCAGGCCUGACUCUGCACUGGCACAGGCACAGAAAUGCUUUGCCCUGUAUAGACAGGCGUACACUGGAAACAGUCCGUCUCAAGUGCAGACAGCCAUGGACGGCUUCGAGGAUGUCAUCAGAAGGUUUCCAAAGUGUGCAGAAGGGUAUGCUCUUUAUGCCCAGGCGCUGACUGACCAGCAGCAGUUUGGAAAGGCAGAUGAAAUGUAUGACAAAUGUAUCGAACUGGAGCCUGAUAAUGCCACAACCUAUGUCCAUAAAGGGCUGCUGCAGCUCCAAUGGAAGCAGGAUGUGGACAUGGGCUUGGAUCUGAUUAGUAAAGCCAUUGAGAUUGACAACAAAUGUGACUUCGCCUAUGAAACGAUGGGAACCAUUGAAGUUCAAAGAGGCAACCUGGACAAGGCUAUAGAUAUGUUCAACAAGGCCAUUAACCUUGCUAAGUCUGAAAUGGAGAUGGCUCAUCUGUACUCGCUCUGUGACGCUGCUUACGCACAGACCGAGGUGGCCAGGAAGUAUGGGCUUAAGCCCCCAACAUUGUAACCCUCCGUCAUCAAUCCCACAUCUACUGCUGAGCCUGAGUACACAUGUCAUUUCCACGAACAUUUGAGUUAUUUCAUUUUUAUCUAGGGAGUUGAUCCUUUAACACAAAAGAGAGGGCCGGAGUCUCCUCUGGAGUCAAGCUAUCAUGCUUACCCCAUUGUAAUUAGGGUAAUGGAAUCAGGUGAGGAAAUCAAUGCGAGUAGUAAGUAGUGAGUUGAGUGGGGUAAAAGUAAAGAAAAAGCUCUCAGCUGCCUGGAAUUUAUGGUGAAAAUUAAUACCACCUUUUAUACAGCAUGCACAAAGCACUGGACUUGGUGUCACUUGUUGUGUACCCUUUCUAAUUUGAAACUUUAAAACAUCACAUUGUGUCAAAAAUGGUGUUGGUAAUUUCAAACAAAUUUCCCUGAGAGGUUUAAUGCUUUUGUAUUUUUUUAAAUUUUAUUUAGUCACUAACAUCUUUUGCAUUCAUAACUGUAUGCACACUGUUGGAAAAUGUAUGUGUUUUCUGAGCUUUUUGCUUGUUGGUAUGAGCAAUUGUUCCAACGUUCUAGGCAGUUUGGCUAUUGUCCCAUUAUAGAACUCGAUAUGCGUCAGUUAUAUUAACAUUGAAUUUGUUAAGUUCAGAACGCAGUCUUUCAGUUAAGUUGUCUAAGCCAUGUAUAACAAGUCUGUCACUUAGUUUGUCACCACUGUUAGACAUGUUGUGUUUAUAUAUCAUAAAGCUAUACAUUUUUUUUGUCCCAUAUACAGCCUAAUUUUCUUUUCUUUUUUUUAAAGUAGGGGAUUGCCUUUUUUCUUUUUAUAUUCUGUACAGCAUGAGUGUAAUUUCUCUAUAAAUAAAUAUUAAGAAGGCUCUCUUGCAGUAAUAAAGCCGUCCAGUUAGUUGCUUUCUUGAUAUGAGUGUAAUGAAAGAUUCGCUUGUGUGUCAGUAGACGUGAUGUACAGGUUGUUUCAUUUUAAAAGGGGAAAAAAAUAAAAUAAACCAAACUGCUAUAUAUCCACUAAACCAAUACAACUAGUUGUAAAGUCUCUUACUUAACCUGUACUCUAAAAUCGAAAAAUGUAUGGAGAUGUAACAGUGUCAAAGAAAAUGAUGUACAUUCCCCACUUCGCUGCUUUUUGCAGCAGUUCACCCAGUUUUUUUUUUCGUUUUUUUUAUUGCAAAAUAAACUCCUGCUCUCUGGUCAACUGAAAUAGUUUUUCACUAUGCAGAGCAAAUAAUCCGUGUCUGGUGGCUUCCGUGUAUUGAUUUAUUCAUGAAAAUCCCCUUUGAUGUGCAGAUUCCUGAACUCUUUAACCUUUCUCAAGAUAAAUGAGAAAUGUGGUUCUCAAAUUACAUGUAGCAGUAUUUGAAGGGCUUUCACUUUCCUUAGACCUGUGAAAAUUUGUGUUCAAGAAGCAUACAAAUAGUUUGAUAUUUAAUUAACACCUUUUUUGCAUUUUGCUGUUGUGAUGUGUAAGGGUUAAUGUGUAACCGAGAUACAAGCUUUCAGUACUAGUUUUAAUUUCUAAAAUUGCUCAUUUUAAAGCAAUUUGAGUGGUUUGAGGUAAUUUCUGUGGAUUUAUUGAUGUGAUCAUGGUUAGGAUGUUAAAUAUCAAGGGCCUAAUUUUCCACAUUCUGCCAAAGAAAACCCCAUUUCUCUGCAGUGCAUAUUAAAAUGUUUCUGAAGGUGUGUGUUUGAGGGUUUAUGCUCUAUACUGGUAGCCGAAUUUAUGUUCUGUAGAUGAUAUUAUUGUGAAAAUUGAGAACAUAUCCAUCUUGUUUUGCAAUCACAAGAGGGAACAUGAAUGGUAUCUCUGCAUGAAGGUUUUUGCUGCUUUGUCUGUGUUGUUGAGUUUGCUUGCUGAACACUGGCAUCACACUGCCAAAAGUUGGGGGUGGGGUGGCGGAUACAGACUGCCGCAUGUUUGCAAAUCAUUUAAGUGACUUCGGAUUUAAAUGUACCUGCUUUAAAUUACAUCAAGGUACUGCUCCUUGAGGUGACAGUUAUCAGUUGGAAACAUUUUAGAAGUACUGGUAAUGUUAGUGACGUGUAAUCCUAAUGCAACACAAACAAUAAAGAAAUAUUGAAAAUGUG